AAUCUUUUUACAAUGAGAAUGUUUUGAUGGAUAUUUUAAGAUUUUAUUGUUUGGAUUCUGAUAUGGGAAAGUUUUGACAGGUUGUGCUGAACUGAAGCAAGGGUCUCUCUGAGCACAUAAAAACAAAGUCUUAAGCAGAGAAGCGAAGUGUGUUUUAUAAAAAGCAAAGGAAGAAGAAUGUAUGGGAAUUGUCAAGUUAUGUCAACUAUCGGAGGAAACGUAGUGGUAAACUCAGAUAACAUCUUCUCCUCGUCGAUUCAGAACCCUAACUUCAACUUCUUGCCCACCAUGCCUUUUCAACCUUUUCCUUCCAUGAAAGAAGAAGAUGGGAUGUUGCGAGGGAAGGAAGAGAUAGAGAGUGGUUCUGGUAGUGAACAAGUUGAAGACAAGUCUGGGAAUGAGCUAGAGAGUGAACAGCCUUCAAAGAAGAAACGUUAUCACAGGCACACUGCUCGUCAGAUCCAAGAGAUGGAAGGAUUGUUCAAGGAAUGUCCACACCCGGACGAUAAGCAGAGGCUGAAGCUGAGUCAUGAACUUGGACUGAAACCGCGUCAGGUUAAGUUCUGGUUUCAGAAUCGCCGAACUCAGAUGAAGGCACAACAAGAUCGUUCAGAUAAUGUGAUACUUAGAGCAGAGAAUGAGACUCUAAAGAAUGAGAACUAUCGGUUACAAGCUGCACUACGUAGUAUUAUCUGUCCCAAUUGUGGUGGGCCAUGCAUAAUGGGUGCUGAUCUGGGCUUGGAUGAACAACAGCUUAGACUUGAAAAUGCUCGGUUACGAGAAGAGCUAGAACGAGUGUGUUGUAUCACAUCAAGAUACGCUGGUCGUCCAAUCCAAACAAUGGGAGCAGCUCAAGCUCUUAUGGCUCCUCCUUCAUUGGAUUUGGACAUGAACAUAUACCCAAGGCACUUUGGGGAUCCCAUUGCUCCUUGCACUGAAAUGAUUCCUGUUCCCAUGUUGCCUCCUGAAGCUUCACCAUUUCCAGAGGGUGGUCUCUUAAUGGAAGAAGAGAAGUCUCUGGCCUUGCAGCUUGCAGCUUCUGCCAUGUCUGAGCUAGUGAAGAUGUGUCAGUUAAACGAGCCACUUUGGGUCCGAAGCAGUGAGAGUGAGAGGGAAGUGCUUAAUUUUGAUGAGCAUGCAAGGCUGUUUCCAUGGCCUUUGAAUCUCAAAAAUCGAAGUGAACUAAGGACUGAAGCUAGCCGUGACACUUCUGUGGUUAUAAUGAAUAGCGUCACUCUUGUUGAUGCUUUUCUUGAUGCUCAUAAAUGGAUGGAAUUGUUUCCUACAAUCGUUUCUAGAGCAAAAACUGUCCAAAUUAUAUCUUCUGGUGCUUCUGGUCAUGCGAGUGGAUCUCUUCAGCUGAUGUAUGCAGAAUUCCAAGUUCUUUCUCCUUUGGUGUCCACUCGUGAGACUCAUUUUCUUCGGUAUUGUCAACAAAAUGCUGAGCAGGGAACCUGGGUCAUUGUUGAUUUUCCUAUUGAUAGCUUUCACGAAAAUUUUCACCCUUCUUAUCCCAGAUACUGCAGAAGGUGUUCUGGCUGUGUGAUUCAAGACAUGCCAAAUGGGUAUUCAAGGGUAACAUGGGUUGAGCAUGCAAAAGUAGAAGAGAAACCUGUCCAUCAGAUAUUCUGUAACUAUGUCUACAGUGGAAUGGCAUUUGGAGCGCAGCGCUGGUUAGGAGUUUUGCAGAGACAAUGUGAGAGGGUUGCGAGCCUCAUGGCCAGAAACAUAUCGGAUCUUGGAGUGAUACCUUCACCAGAAGCGCGAAAGAACUUGAUGAAACUAGCCCAAAGAAUGAUAAAAACGUUUAGCCUUAACAUGAGUACCUCCGGUGGUCAAUCAUGGACAGCCAUAUCAGAUAACCCUGAAGACACUGUUAGAAUCACAACUAGGAAAAUCACAGAGCCUGGCCAACCUAAUGGGGUUAUUCUCAGUGCCGUUUCAACCACUUGGCUACCCUAUUCUCAUACCAGGGUCUUUGAUCUCCUCAGGGACGAACGCCACAGAUCUCAGAUGGAUGCUCUUUCCAAUGGGAACUCAUUAAAUGAAGUGGCUCAUAUUGCAAAUGGUUCACAUCCAGGAAACUGCAUUUCCCUUCUUCGUAUAAAUGUAGCUAGCAACUCAUCCCAGAAUGUAGAGCUAAUGCUGCAAGAGAGUUGCACCGAUCAAUCUGGAAGCUUAGUAGUUUACGCCACCAUUGAUGUGGAUUCCAUUCAGCUAGCCAUGAGUGGCGAGGAUCCUUCUUGCAUUUCCCUUCUUCCUCAAGGGUUCAUGAUAGUGCCAAUGGUUUCAACCAAUGGCAAUUCAUCUGAAGGUGUCACAGAACCACAAGCUACUACUACUACUAGUACUGUUAAUUCAGGUUGCCUUCUCAUCAUGGGGUUGCAAGUUCUUGCAAGCACAAUCCCUUCUGCAAAGCUCAACCUUUCAAGCGUGACAGCAAUCAAUAACCAUCUCUGCAACACGCUGCACCAAAUUGAAGCCACUCUUUGUAGCAGCACUAACAGCAGCUUUGUUGGGUCUUGCACUGAACCCACCACUAGUACACCACCCAAGCAGUGAAUAGAGCUGAUUCUAAUCUCAAGUCACAAAAAUGUUUACUUCCUACCCGUGUUUCAAUGUUUCAAAUAAAGAUGGAUUUGUGUAGGAAUUAGGUAGGGAAGUGUGUUAGGAAAUUAAGUUGUGUAACCAUUAAUAUUGGAGUGAGGGUGUGGUUAAAAUUGUGAGAUACAAUAUGGAAUGGUAAUUUUAUGUGUGUGAGAGAGGGUAGAGGGACUGAGGGAGUCAAGAGCGCACCAGAUAGUACCCUUGGCUUUCUGGGAGGACCAUUUCGUGAUGAUGGCGCCUCACUAGUUAGUAAGGGUUGUGGUUCGGGUAUUGACUCCUGCUUCUAUGUCAGCCUCUACUGUUCAUUUC